UUCCAUCGAAAAAGAUGAGCUACCACAUUGGGAAGCCCACCAACGCUGACUUAUAAAUGUGAUUUCACGUAAAUCUGAAAUUGAACGGACUAAACUUGUCGUCUCACACUUCCGUCUUCUCUUCUCUGUUCACACUGACCAGUUGAUCAAGCCAUAGACGUCGAUAAGCAUGGAGCUCAAGCCAGGUCUAUCAGCUUUGAUCACCGGCGGUGCCUCCGGAAUUGGUAGAGCACUUAGCUUGGCUCUUGCCCAGAAGGGAGUUUUUGUUACAAUUGUUGAUUUCUCAGAAGAGAAAGGCAAAGAAGUUGCAGCCCUUGCUGAGAAAGAGUGCGCCAAAUUCCAUUUUGGACUGGAAUUUCCACUUGUUAUGUUCAUCAGAUGUGAUGUCACUAAUGCAGGAGAACUAAAAGCUGCUUUCGAGAAGCAUUUUGUAACAUAUGGAGGACUAGAUAUCUGUAUUAACAGUGCAGGGAUUGGCGAUAUUAUUCCAUUCCGUAAUGAUCGAACUGAUGGGUCUAAAAGCUGGAGACACACAGUUAAUGUGAACCUCAUUGCAGUUAUAGAUAGCACUCGUCUUGCGAUUCAAGCCAUGCAAGCUGCCCAAAAGCCAGGUGUAAUUGUAAAUUUGGGUUCUGCUUCCGGACUCUAUCCAAUGUAUAUAGGCCCUAUCUAUUCUGCCUCCAAAGGAGGUGUUGUCAUGUUUACAAGAUCGCUUGCUCCGUUUAAGCGCCAAGGAAUCCGCAUCAAUGUGCUCUGCCCUGAGUUUGUCCAAACUGACUUGGCGACAAAGGUUAGUUCUCCACAUAUUGAUCAACUUGGAGGAUAUCUGCCUAUGGAACUUGUGGUGAAAGGUGCUUUUGAACUAAUCAGAGAUGAGAGUAAAGCAGGGUCAUGUCUAUGGAUCACUAACAGAAGAGGCAUGGAGUAUUGGCCAACUCCUGCAGAAGAAGCAAAAUACCGCCUCCCCUCUUCAAAAGCACUUCGAAAAUCUUUGGUUACGGUACCAAUGGAUUUUCAGAUUCCUCAAAGCUUUGAAAAAGUAGUUGUUCACACGUUGAGUCACAAUUUUCGUAGUGCUACAAGAAUUGUGCGAACUGCAUUGAGGUUGCCACUCAAACCAGAUCACGUUCUAUUAAAAGUCAUCUAUGCUGGUGUGAAUGCUAGUGAUGUCAACUUCAGCUCAGGGCGUUAUUUCAGUGGAGAUGGCAAUGACAUCGCCUCCCGCCUUCCGCUGGAUUCUGGUUUUGAGGCUGUGGGAAUAAUUGCUGCAAUUGGUGAUGCUGUUAGAAAUUUGAAGAUUGGUAUGCCUGCUGCCAUCAUGACUUUUGGCGGUUAUGCUGAAUUUGUCAUGGUCCCUGCCAAACACAUCCUUCCUGUAGCAAAACCAGAUCCAGAAGUUCUUGCAAUGCUUACCUCUGGACUCACUGCAUCAAUUGCUUUGGAAAAGGCUGCUCAAAUGGAAUCAGGAAAAGUUGUUUUGGUGACUGCUGCUGCAGGAGGGACAGGGCAAUUUGCAGUGCAGCUUGCAAAAUUAUCUGGAAACACGGUGGUUGCAACUUGUGGAGGCACUGAAAAGGCCAAGCUUCUUAAGGAUUUGGGAGUUGAUCGGGUCAUUGACUACAAAGUAGAAAACAUAAAAGCUGUCUUAAAGAAGGAGUUCCCUAAAGGUGUUGAUAUUGUCUAUGAGUCCGUUGGUGGUGAGAUGUUUGACAUCUGCUUGAAUGCAUUGGCUGUCUAUGGACGACUUGUUGUCAUUGGAAUGAUUUCACAGUACCAAGGAGAACAUGGGUGGAAACCUCGGAAUUAUCCUGGAAUAUGUGAAAAGCUUCUAGCAAAAAGUCAAACAGUGGCUGGAUUUUUCCUGGUACAAUAUGCUCACCUAUGGCAAGAGCAUUUGGAUAGAUUGGUUAAUCUUUUCUCUUCUGGAAAGCUUAAGAUUGCCAUAGAUCCCAAACAGUUUGUUGGCCUACAUUCAGUUGCUGAUGCUGUUGAGUACCUUCACUCUGGUAAAAGUGCUGGCAAGGUUGUUGUUUGCAUUGCCCCAACAUAUGCUCAACAACUUGCAAAACUUUAGGUACAUAAGGAGACAACUGUAUCGGAGUCCAAAGAGAAUUCAAGAUGCUAUAGCACAUAUGAAAUUAUAAGGUAGCUCUGUUGUGUAAGGUGUUCUGUACAAUGACAAACAGGAUUUGUGAUAUUCGUUGUGUAAAAGCAGCAACCGAACUUGUUUGUUACUUUAAGGUUACAGCAUAUUGUUUUUGCUACUUUUAAGGUUACAACAUAUUAUUUCUGCCUGUUAAAUUUGAAAAUGGAUGAAAAUUUAACAA